CACCCACACAGCUGAAGAGGUGGAGGCACGCGUGACGCCACUCUCGGGGUGGGAGAGUGUGGGGAAGCUGAUUUCGGCUGUUAAGAGUUCACAUUGCGGGUGUCUUAGAGACACUCAGCAUUCCACCUCCCUCUGCGCAGACACACACGCGCACACACAGACAGACAACACGCGCUCACACAGACACAUCAGCGUUUUGGGGUUCUCCACCUACACAAUAUAAUAUUCGAGUGUAAGAUAUACGCUCUACAUUCACACACCCACACACGCCGGUGCAUAUACAUCACCGACUUACACAACAAGGCGGCGAGGAGGCAUAAUCAUCUGCUCGGGGCUCCCUGCUGUUUCGCACGUGGUUGUGUGUGUGUGUGGCGUCGGCGUGGAUUUUUUUUUGUUUUAAACCGGCCAGGGCCGUUAAAGUCGAAUUUAUUACGUUAAUAGACAAGCACCGCUGCAAUCCCCUUGACACAGCAGAAAAUAUAUACAUUCGCACCCGCCAGUAUACACAUCUUCUGUGCGUGUGCCUCUACAGCCUACGUUAUAUGUUGUGCAUGAAACGUAACUGGGGUCACCGACAAGAGGCGGUCGGGCAUUCACUCGAAAUUCAGAAGUAGCGCCACCAUCAACACCACUUCAAGGUCUCGAUCAAGCGUCGCGAUGCUGACCCAGGACUCCGGCUGGAACUUUUCGUUCGCGGGAUGCGGCUUCCUGGGGGUCUAUCACAUCGGCGUGGCGAGCUGCCUGCAGCAGAGGGCCCCACACGUCAUCAGCGGGGCCACUCGGGUCUACGGAGCUUCGGCCGGGGCGCUCACGGCGGCGUCGCUGCUUGGAGGCGCAUGCCUCGGCGAAUGCUGCGCGGACGUGAUGGAGCUCGCUCGCUUGGCACGGCGCUCGACCCUGGGUCCGCUGCACCCGGCCUUCCACAUCGUGAAGAUCAUCCGCGCGGGACUACGGCGCGUGCUCCCCGAAGACGCCCACCUGCGCGCCGCCGGCCGCCUCUGCAUCUCGCUGACCCGCGUCUCCGACGGCCACAACGUUCUCGUUUCGGACUUCGCCUCCAAGGAGGAGCUCGUUCAGGCGCUCAUCUGCAGCUCGUUUGUGCCCAUUUACUGCGGCAUCAUCCCGCCCACCUUCCGCGGAGUGCGCUACGUGGACGGAGGCAUCAGCGACAACGUGCCGUCCUACGAGCUCAAGACGACCAUCACGGUGUCACCGUUCUGCGGCGAGAGCGACAUCUGCCCUCGCGACAGCAGCCCCAGCUUCCUGGAGCUGCGGCUCAAGAACACGAGCAUCCAGUGCAACCUGGACAACAUCUACCGCCUGUCACGCGCCCUCUUCCCUCCCGAGCCGCAGGUGCUGAGUAAAAUGUGUCAGCAGGGCUACAACGACGCCCUCCGCUUCCUCCGUGAGAACAACCUGCUGAUCCCGAACGCGCCCAGCGCGGGGCUCCGCACCCCCACGGCCGAACCGCCCACUACGAUCAUGAGCCCCUGCAAGUCGUCGACCUCCGAGCCGUCCGCCCGCGAGUUGUCCGGUCCCGAGCGGUCGGGCCCCACGGAGAAAAGCCUCCCUCCUCCGCUUGCGCAGAGCGGCGGGGAGCAGAAGUCGCCCGUCCCAGAUGAGGCCUCGCCCCUUUGGGCCCUGGAGGAGAAGCUGUGGGAGAACCUGCCGCUGCCGAUCCGCGUGGCCCUGAAGAAUGCGUGCAUGGAGAAGGCGGGGGUGGUGGCCUACCUGCGCAGCCUGUACCCCGUGCGGCUCGCGUCCUACCUCAUGCUGCCAUGCACGCUGCCCGUGGAGUCGGCCGUCUCGCUCACUGUGCGGCUGCUGGAGUGGCUGCCGGACGUGCCGGAUGACGUGCGCUGGAUGUCGCAGCAGGCCCUGUUGGUGGUGCGGUACCUGUGCCGGCAAGCGUCUCGCAGCCUCGCUCGCAGCUGCAAGUUCGUGCACCGGCGCGACCUUCGCAAGUCGGUGAGUGCACCCGCGCUGGGCCGGAGCCCGAGCCUGGCCCUGGCCUCCUCCAUGGCCGACCUCUUCUGCUGGUUCCGUGCUCUGGGCUCCUCGCAGAGCGCGAUCACGCUGUGCGGUGACGAGUUCCUCUGCACUCACGAGUGCUGCGAGGAGGAGGAGGAGGAGGAAGAGCGCGGUGGUCGAACCGUGAGCUUCAUAACCGCCGAGGAGGAGGAGGAGGAGGAAUCGAGCGACGAGGAAGACUGAGCGUUUUGUGGCCUUACGGCGAGUCCGAGACUUUAGCCGUUUGCCUCGGCGGCGUUAGGAGACACGCUGGUGAGCUCUUAUCAUGAGUCCGAAACUUUAGUUAGCGGCCUCGGAAUAUUAGAGGACACCCUGGCGGCAUUUGCGUUCGUUGCAGGCUCAAUGCCACCAUGUUUGCUUCGAACGUCUAUGCUGGCUAUUGAUUUGUUCGGUUUUUUGGGAGGGAAUUUUCUUCAAUUUUAUUUUAACUGUGAUGUCUGUGUCAUGUGAUGAGAUGAAGACAUUCAUUUUAGAAACUGAGUCGUGCAGCAUCACCCUGUGUUAUAGAACAGCCCACACAAGCACUGGCGGAGCCAUUGGGGGGGGGGGGAGGUGGCACGUGCCCCCCCAAUGAUCCAAUCGAUGUCCCUAAUUUCGAUCGGAUCAUUGGGGUUUAUUAGUAA